AUGCGGUCGAGCUCCAUCGCGCGGGCAUUCGUAGUUCUCGUGAUCGCCCUCGCCGCGAAAGCGAGCGCGCGGAUCACGCACCACGUGGUGGACAAGGAUGAUAGGAGUUUGAUAUUACUGCGCGAACCUUUCGGAUUCGCCAAGGGGGGGGUGAUGGAGAUCGAGCUGAAGGAUCCAAGAUUCUUCCUACCGGAGAACGCGCCACCGGCGGAUAAGACAAAGUUUGGAUUUUUCGUCACAGAGGGAAAAGAUGAGGGCGCGCUCGACGCCGCGCUCGGCGACGGCGCGUGCGUCUUGGACGUUGAUUUCGUCGACGUCUUGUUCACGUUCUCGGACAUGGAGGCGCAGAAGAAACCAGGUGAGGAGCACGUUCACGCGUUCGAGCAUAGACGAGAGGUCACGAAGCCCGGGGAUUACAUGUUGUUUUUCGCCAGCUGUGAACCGCACACAGUGGUGAGCUUUGAGGUCACGACAAAGUUUAUAAAUAAGGACGCGAAUGGGCACAACGACUAUCUGGGUCGAGGCGAAAAGGCGCUGCCGAGCGUGUAUUACCUGUUCUUUCUCCUAGAUGCGGGCGCGUGCGUGGCGUGGGCGUACGUCCUCGGACGCUCGGCGAACAAGCGCGGCGUGCGUAAAAUUCACUGGUUGAUGCUCGCGCUCGUUAGCUUCAAAACGCUCUCUGUGCUCGCGCAAGCGGGACGAUAUCACAUUACAAGAUUGACCGGGUCUUCCAAGGGGUGGACUGUGGCGUACUACAUCUUCACCGUGUGUCGUUCGAUGUUGCUCUUUAGCGUCAUCGCGCUCGUUGGCAUGGGCUGGAGCUUCUUGAAGCCGUUUUUGCACCAGCGCGAGAAGAACUUGCUCAUGGCGGUGAUCCCGCUUCAAGUGAUGGCUAACAUAGCAAGCGUCGUCGUCGGUGAGGAGGGACCCGCCGACGAAGGCUGGUUCGCGUGGCAGAAUAUGUUCGUCGUCAUCGACAUCGUGUGCUGCUGCGCCAUCCUCGUGCCCAUUGUGUGGAGCAUAAAGCACUUGCGCGAUUCGAACGAAUCGAGUGAGAAGAAGGCGAGAAAUCUGGAAAAACUCUUGCUCUUCCGACACUUCUACGUCAUGACCGUGGCGUACAUAUAUUUCACCCGCAUCAUCGUGUACUUGUUGUUAUCGACGGUGGAGUACGAGUUCAGGUGGACGGCUGCCUUCUUCAGUGAGUUGGCGACGCUCGCGUACUACGUCGCCACCGGAUACAUGUUCCGCCCCGAGGAGGAUAACAUGUACUUCUCGCUCAAGCAAGAAGAGGACGAGGACGGGGUGGAAAUGAGCGACAGGGCGCGAUGGUCCGAGGUAUGA